UGGUUUUGACUUUGAAAUCAUAGUAAUAGAUGAUGGUAGUCCUGAUGGAACUCUGGAUGUUGCGAAGGAGUUGCAGCGUAUCUACGGGGAGAACAGAAUUGUUUUGAGACCAAGAGAAAAAAAACUUGGAUUAGGGACCGCUUACAUACAUGGCAUCAAACAUGCCACUGGGAACUUCAUCUUUAUCAUGGAUGCUGAUCUUUCUCAUCACCCAAAGUUCAUUCCAGAAUUCAUCAAGAAACAAAAGGACGGCAAUCUUGAUGUGGUCACCGGGACGAGAUAUGUGGGCAGUGGUGGUGUCUUUGGAUGGGACGUCAAAAGGAAGUGUAUCAGUCGUGGAGCAAACUACUUAACUCAAGUCCUCCUGCGUCCCGGUGUGUCAGAUCUGACCGGCAGCUUCAGACUGUACCGCAAACCAGUGCUGGAGAAGCUCAUCAACUCGUGCGUCUCCAAAGGAUACGUCUUUCAGAUGGAAAUGAUGGUUCGUGCCAGACAGUUUGGUUACAGUAUCGGAGAAGUGCCCAUCUCCUUUGUUGACAGAGUGUACGGAGAGUCCAAGCUGGGAGGCAGCGAGAUCAUCGGAUUCUUGAAAGGAGUUUUAUAUUUAUUUGCUACUACCUAGUUGUGCGGUUUUUUGUUUAAUAUGUGAAAACAGUAUGGAUGAGGGUAAAUAUCAAAAACAAAUGUAACUACAGUUAUGCCUGGGUAUAAUGUACUCUUUUUAAAACGUACCCCUCUUUCUGAAGUCUUGAAUCCCAUUUUUAGUAUUUUUACUCUUUAAAAGCUAUGUCUAAAACGUACUUGCGUAAAACCUACUAUAGCAUUCACUUUUCAGGGAUUGAAGUGAUAAAAAAUUGGUGUUCAACUUACAACGUGCAUUGUGAGAAUGAAGAAAAAUUACCAAAAGUGUGGAAGUUUUAACCUAUUCAGGAAUGCAACAUAAGCAGCUACAGUGAGAAGGCGAGUUUUUGCAAGUAGGCUACAUGUCAGUUUUGCCCUCAGUGGAUGCCUGCUUCCUCGCCCUCCUCUUUCUUUCUCUCCCUCACACACGCACACAUGUGCAAGCAUGGGCGUUUCCAAAUCCUUUCCUUUCCCCCUACUCCAGUCACCAACCAACUUGUCGGCUCAGCAAAAAAGAAACCCUGAUGUAACAUUGUAAAGAAAGUUGGCGUUCUGUUUGAUCAGCACCAUCACCAUUAGGAUUUCGUCGUGCUUGCAUGUCUAUGUCACUUUGAUUUGAAAUGAAGAAAAAUAUUAAAACAAAACAAUAGCAUUAAAAAAUACUGAAAAAGUUAAAAUCUACACUUUUCAAUUUCGACAAUUAGCUAUCCAGAUCCAUGGGUGCCACCUCCACACACACACACACACACACACACACACACACACACACACACACACACACACACCAUCCCACCCCCCACCCCCCUUCCUGCAAUAAAGUGGAUGAAUAUUGCUAAGUAGCUUCCUCAGUCACCACCUUUUUUGGGCUAGUACAUACGUCCGCUAAGUUCAAAAUCUCGGGUUUGAAGGGAGUACGUUAUAGCCUACAAAGGUUUUAUUGUAAUUACAAUUGUUGAACUCUUUGUUGGUGCCAUACACAUAAUUCUAUGAAAACUUAAGCAAGACUUGAUGAUGUCGUUCAGUUGUCUCAGGUGAAAUUGUACAAGUAAAAGUAUAGCUCAGGAAAUGUCCUUCUCCUUCAUACUUUUACCUAUGUGAUGCCAUGUUCCCAGAGGGGCUACUCAAGAUUGGAGUGUUCAUGGUGUUGAUACUUUUUAGUCAUCUUUAUUGGAAAGUUUUUUGUUUUUAUUUGAGAUUAAAAGUCUCGAGGUCUGUUUCAGAAUUCUGUGGUAUGCUUGUCUUUGGAGAUUGUGGAGGGAAUGUCUUGAAUUCUCCAAGAUGUAAAUGUUUACAAUGAUUCAAUGUAAGUUUGAUGUUUUAAUAAUUGUCAGUGCUGUACUGUCUACCAUGCUUUACUUGACAAGAUUGACAAAACAAAAAACUA